AUGAAAACGCACAAUUUUUUCUCGAUAAUAACAUCUCAAACGCAAAUUGAAAAAUCAAACCCAGUGGCUGCAGCGGCAGCAGUGGCCAUGGACGAGAGGCUCCCCCAGCCGUCGCCGCUGCCGCCGCCGCAAUUCCAGCUCGGGAACCCCAUGUCCGCUCCGGCGUCGCCCUACUCCGCGCUCCACCCUCUCCUCCUCCCGUCCACUAACCCGCACCUCCUCCUCAAGCCCAAGACGCUGACCCUCUCGCUCUCCUCCUCCUCCCUCGCCUCCAUGCCCUCCUCCUCCUCCCCGCCCGCCCCCGCCUCCGACGCAUGGGAACUCGUCCACCCAACCGUCCCCGUCGCCGCCGCCUCCCCCAUCGACGGCGGCCUCGACGACUGCGCCAUCUUCCCACCGCGCCUCCACGAGGGCCUGGGCCUCGAGGCGGAGGCCGAGGAGGCCGCGACCAAGGAAGAGAAGGAGGAGGAGACUGAUGACGAGGAGGAGUGGCUGUGGGGGUGGGGGAGGUGCCGCGCGGCGGCGAGGCGCGCGUGGGCGGCCGGGUCAGGGGCCGUGCUCGUGCACGGAGAGUGCGGAUGUCCCGGGGUGAGGCCGGCCGUCUGGUCGGCCGCGGCGGCGGCCGUUGUGGUUGGCGCUCUGUUCUACGUGCGCCGGCGAGACAGGAGGGAGAGGGACCUCCUCGUCCUGCUCUCGCAGGAGAAGGAUAAGAGGAUAGCACAACUGCUGCAUCAAAUUGCUUUACUGAGUGACAUCAGAGGCGGCAGCGAAGCAGUUAAAAUUAUGAGGAACUCUUAA